AUGUCGACCACUGUCGCGCCUGAAAAAGCCCCAGAUGACUCUUCCAAGCUCAAGACGUUCCUCUCCAUCCUCCGGAAGUUCGUGGGUGUGGCGGAUAUCGCUUCGGUUCGCUUUUCACUGCCAGCGCAACUGCUGGAGCCGAGACCGAAUCUCGAAUACUGGCAUUACCUGGACCGACCGGAGACCUUUGCGAGCAUUGGCAAGUCGGAUGAUGAGUUAGGUCGUAUGUUGGAGGUGUUGCGCUUCUGGUUCACUAAGGAUCUGAAAUACAUCAAAGGGAAACCGUGCAAGCCAUACAACUCUACCCUGGGUGAAUUCUUCCGAUGCAGCUGGGAUGUCAAUGACAACAUCCCCGAAGAACAAAACCUCCCCGGAAUCAGCUCCUCGAGCGUUCAAGAUGGCGACGACAAAGUCAAAGUUUGCUACCUCACCGAACAGACCUCCCACCAUCCCCCAGUCUCGGCCUUCUUCAUCGACUGUCCCGAGCGGGGCGUCACCGCGCGCGGAUUUGACCAAAUCAGCGCCAAGUUCACAGGCACCAGCAUUCGCGUGAGCCCCGGCCAGCACAACCUCGGAAUCUUCGUCAAUAUCGAGAAGAGAGACAACGAGGAAUACCAGUUGACUCAUCCAGACGCCCACCUCGGUGGAAUCCUACGCGGUGCGCUGGCUAUCACAGUCGCCGAUACAUGCUAUAUCUCCUGCCCGAAGACCGGUAUGAAGGCAAUCCUUCAGUACAUGGAAGAAGGAUGGAUUGGCCGGUCACAAAACAAGAUGGAGGGUGUGAUCUUCCGCUACAACAAGGACAAGGAUACCGUGACAAGAAUCAAGGACGUACCAGAGAACGAUGUCAUCGCUCGCAUCACCGGGUCUUGGCACGGAAAGAUAUACUUCACCUUGGCAGGUAGCAAGGACGCCCGUCUUCUCAUCGACAUCGCGCCUCUCUUCCCCGUCCCCAAGAGCAUGCCUCCCGCUGAAGAACAGCUAUCUAAUGAGUCUCUAAAGUUCUGGGGCGAUGUCACAAACGCCAUUGUGGACAAACAGUUCAGCCAGGCCACCAAGUUGAAACAAGACAUCGAGGAACGACAACGCGAGCGCGCAGCAGAGCGCAAGGAAAAGGGCACAGAGUGGAACCCGCGUUUCUUCACUGGUGCCGUGACACCGCUGGGGAAGCCCGAGUUGACAGAGGAGGGACAGAAGGUCUUGCAGGGCAUCAAAUCUGGCGAGUACACUUUGACGGAAAGUACAGUGAAGGGCGCAUAG